GAUCAAGCAUGUUUUUCACUUCACAUCAUUGUUCUCAAACCUUCGCAAAAAUCGGGCUUGCAGAAGUGUCCGAAGCCCAAAUCAAGCUUUUGCUAAGUUUGUUUAGCAGUGAUUGACAGGCUACAUAGGAACAUGCUUUCCCCAAUCCCUGCCAGUAAGGUCUUUGUCUUGUGGAGUGGACGUGGGGCCUCCGGCCAAAGCAACCAGCUGGACGCCGGACGCCAAGUCAAGCUGGUGGUGCUGCUUUCAACGCUUUGCUGUUUCUCUCACCCGGAGCCUCUUGUCAGCUCUGACUUGGCUGAGCCACGUUUGGAAAGACUGCAGCUGCCAUUGAAGCUGGCUGCAGUUGGCAGCUCUUCGUGCUUGGUGGGUUACACUGCGGUCAGCUAUUGCAAGUCUGCACGGUGCUUUGUGUCCAACGCUGUCAAGGAGCCCUUGCUUGAUGACUAGCUUAAGCCGUGUGUGUAGCAGCUUCGAGGAAUGUGUAGCAUCUCCUCCCCUGCUGCCGGUUGACACCACCAACCUGUCCCUUGCUUGUGACAUCAGUCACGCUCCAGUGAUCAAAU